GCCGGAUUGUAAUCACAGCGUCAUGAUGGGAGGUAAACACCAUCUCAGGAGACUGAACUGGAGUGAACCAAUGUGAGUAUAAGACCAGCCGGAUACUCUCCCCCAUCGUGGACUUGGAUCGAUACCGGUCUCUCUCCACCGAGCACAGUCUUUCGAUCAUCCAGUAGAAGUGCCUCGCAACCAACGGGCAUCUGAGCUGUCUUUACGUGUUCCUUCCUUCCUUCCUCCCGGACCCAGUGCGUCUCGGACCGAACAUAUCCACCAUGUUUUUGCAAAACCUCCUCGUCCUCGGGCUGGCCACCCUUUCCACCGCGUGGAUGCCGAUCGACAAAAUGAUGUCGCAGGAGAACUCAACCAUCAGUGCGCGCUGGCUGCCCAGCUCCAGCAAGAUCCGGGGCGUCAACCUUGGCUCACUCUUCAUCAUCGAGCCCUGGAUGGCGAACGACGCCUGGACCUCGAUGGGAUGCAGCGGGCAGCAGUCCGAAUUCGACUGUAUGAAGGCGCUCGGGCAGACGGCGGGCAACGCCGCGUUCCAGAGCCACUGGAACUCGUGGAUCACCCAGGACGAUAUCCGCCAGAUCGCGGCGCUGGGCCUCAAUACCAUUCGCAUCCCCGUAGGGUACUGGAUGCGCGAGGAUAUUGUCUACAGGGACAGCGAGUGGUUCCCCGAGGGCGGUCUCACCUACCUGCAGCGCGUCUGUAAUUGGGCGGCCGACCUGGGCCUGUACAUCAUCAUCGACUUCCAUGGUGCUCCGGGUGCUCAGGUCGCAAAGAAUUCGUUCACCGGCCAGUACGCGGACACGCCCGGCUUCUACGUGGACUACCAAUACGAGCGAGGCUACAAGUUCCUGGAGUGGAUGGCCGAGAAGAUUCACACGGACAACAACUUCCGCAACGUGGGGAUGCUGGAGGUGAUGAACGAGCCGGUGCACACGUGGGACUCGGCGACUAUGGCGGCAUCGCUAAUCGCUAACUUCUACCCGACGGCGUGGAACCGCAUCCGCGCGGUCGAGAACCGCCUCAAUAUCGGCGCCUAUGACCGCCUCCACGUCCAGAUGAUGAACGAGAAGUGGGGCAGCGGGAACCCGAAGCAGAAUUUGCCCGAUGAGUGGUUCGCAGCUUAUGAUGAUCAUCGCUACAUCAAAUGGUCCGGCGUCAACCCGACGCGAGCCGACUACCUCAAAGCCUCAUGCUCUGACGACCGAAGUGGCAACUACCCCGUGAUCGUAGGGGAGUGGAGCUUGAGCGUAGCCGAUUCCGUCGAGUGGGCCGACGAGUUCACGCUGACUCGGUCAGAUGCCGCGGCGUGGUACAAGAAGUGGUGGGCGGCGCAGGUGAUCGCGUACGAGAAGCAGGCGGGCUGGAUCUUCUGGACCUGGAAGGCGAACUGGAUCGCGGGUAGGAACGAGUGGAGGUGGUCCUACCAGGCUGCCGCGGCCGCCGGCGCUAUUCCGACCAAUCCGGAUGAUGCGUAUUCGCUGGGCGCUUGCGAUGGCGUGUAGUUGGUAGUUAGAUCCUUGGUAUUGUGGGAGUGGUGGGAUGGCGAAGCUUGGGGGAUAUAUAUGCUAUGAUCGACGAAUAUUUGUACAUAAGAAGUUGUAACCCAG